AUCCUCCUCCUCCUCUUUCUUCUUCUUCUUCGGCUCUCCCCUUGUACACACCGAAAAAAUCUGGCCGUAACAAAAAGGACCGAACGCCAGCCGAGACUUCACCAGUCGGUCGAAUCAUCUCGUAGCGAACGGUUCGAUCCCGAAAGAAUUUUAAUUUCCUCUUACUACUCUCUUUAACUGGAAUCAAAUCAGACGAACAGGCGACAUAAAGUUUUGUGUGCAUUUCAACAUCAACAAGUUUUUUAUUUCCUGUUUUUUCUUUCUUUCUUUCUUUCUCGGCUGCCAAGUUCUCCAACAAAACCAGCAGGUUCUCUCGUACAGAAUAUCCAAGAGUAUUUUCAACGCUGUCGACUAGCUCCAACCACCUGUAGAAACAAAAACAAAAUCGGAAUGGACUCUAGAAAGAAGAUGAGCUUUUCUUCGUGCAGCGUCGAGUUCAUUUACAUGGCGGCAUCGCCGCCCUGCCGGGCCGUUUGGAUGUGCAUCAAAGAGCUCGGCAUCGACGUCGAUAUGCGCCACAUCGACAUGUACAAGAAAGCGGAACACACUCAACCGUGGUUCGUCAAAUUGAACCCGCAACAUACGGUGCCUACCAUCAACGAUGACGGAUUCAUCCUAUGGGAAAGCCGCGCCAUCUUGGGUUAUCUGGUGAACAAAUAUGGCAAGGACGACAGGCUUUAUCCGACCGAACCGCAGAAAAGGGCUCUCGUUGACCGAAUGCUCUACUUUGACAUUGGAACUCUCUACAAGUCGAUGGUCGACUAUUUUCAACCGAUCCUGUACAUGGGCUCAUCAGGCGAUCCCCAAAAGGCCAACCAAUUGAAAUCGAGCCUCGAUUACCUGGACCAAUACCUGGAAAUAGAAGAAUACGUGGCUGGAGAUAAUCUGACGAUCGCUGAUUUGGCCAUUUUGGCAACCGUAACUCACCUGGAAGGUGUGGAAUGGUCGUACAAAUCGUACGAGAACAUUUUCCGUUGGGUAACUAAACUCAAAACGGAAUUGCCUUACUACAACGAGUGCAAUCAAGGAGGUAUCAACAUGUUCAAAGAUUGGGUUAAACUUCGGCGGGAGCAAGCGGCUGCCACGGCCGCGGAAGAAGCCGCCAAAUCCGUCCGCAAAAACUCACGCACAUAAUGCGUACGAAAAAAAACAAAGAAGAAAUAAUUAUCAUUUUUUGAAUUAUUUGUUUCAACCCCAUUUCCCCUCCAUAGAUUUGAUGCUGCCAAAUUUUUUUUUUCCCGUUUGGUUUAUUUUUAUUUUGUUUUUGUUUUUCUAAAUUCACUUUUGGGCUUUUUGUAGCAAUUCAAUUGCACUCCACUCCUUCUGCCUCCCCCCCUUUUGUUACAUAACAUAGAAUAUCCUCGUUAACGACGAUAGGAUUGUGAUUAAUUAUGUUUGUUUUAAUAUUUGGAAUUAUCCUCUUUUUCACCUAAACUAGAAGAUAACUUAAACAGAAGAAUCAUUAUUUUGUUUCCUUUUUUCUCUGGCUGUUUGCUAUCACACACAAAGAAACAGAAAAAAAAAUCUUCUUUAAAAAAAAACAACAAGAGAAAUGUGUCAUUUCAUCGUCCUUUGAAAAACAUAAAUACAAAGAAAGCACAGCACA